AGCAUGUGUGAAGCAAAACCUUCUGCAAGACUGGAGCCAUCUUAGUCGGCACUCCACACCAGGUUCGGUCAUCUGACAUUCUCAGCAUCACCUUCUCUAGCAAAAAUAUUCCACUUUCAACAUCAGCCACCAACCUGGGUGUUAAAAUGGACUCUCAUCUGACCUUUGAGGCUUACAUCAAACAUCUCUCCAAGACCUCCAUUUUCCACCUCAGGAACAUUGCCAAAUUCCGUUCCACACUCACUCCUGCAGAUGCGGAAAAGCUUGUCCACACUUUUGUCUCCUCCAGGCUGGACUACUGCAAUGCGCUCCAGCGGGAUCCCUGAGAAAAGCCUUCAGAACCUGCUAGGAUCCUGUUGAGGGAAGCAAGGCCCAGUCGGAUGUUUGUGGCACUGCGCCGCACAACACCAAGAUUGCAGGAGGGGCGGAUGCUCCUGCAGGGUCGUGGCCCUGGCAGGCCAGUCUGCAGAUGAACGGAUUUCAUUUCUGUGGAGGCUCCCUGAUCAACAACCAGUGGGUCUUGACUGCUGCUAGCUGUUUUGAGAGCGCCACACCCGGUCUCACCGUUAACCUCGGCCUUGACACCCUAGACUUGUCGAAUACAAAUGCGAUGUCCCGGACUGUGUCCCAGUUCAUCCAGCAUCCCAACUAUAAUACCAACACAAACGAUAACGACAUAGCCUUGCUGAAGCUGUCCUCACCUGUUACCUUCACCGACUACAUCAGACCCGUGUGUCUGGCGAUGGAUGGCAGCGUCUUUAACAACGGGACGACCUGCUGGGUCACCGGAUGGGGGAACAUCCAAACUUGGACUCCACUUCCUUUCCCAGAGAGGCUGCAGGAGGUGAGUCUUCGAUUCGUGUCCAACAGUGAUUGUAACGUUACCUACGGUGGUAAAAUCACAAACAACAUGAUCUGUGCUGGUGUGACCCAGGGAGGAAAGGGCAUCUGCUAUGGGGAUUCAGGCGGCCCGCUGGUGACUAAAAACGGCUCUGUCUGGGUCCAGGCUGGAGUGGUGAGUUUUGGAUCAGAUCAAGGCUGUGCCCUGCCUAAUGUCCCAGGAGUCUACACCCGAGUGUCCCAGUAUCAGUCCUGGAUCAACAGCCAGAUCAGCACCAACCAGCCGGGCUCUGGGACCACUCGCAGCCAGAUCAGCACCAACCAGCCGGGCUCUGGAGCCGCUCACCUGGUUCCCCUCUCGGUUCCUCUGCUGCUGUCCAUCGUACCUGUUCUCUUCUCCUUCUCUGUCCUUUAGUGAUGAUUUAAUUCACCCUGCUAGAGUGAAAAUCCCUUUCUCUCUCUGUCUCAUGGUCGCACAUUUUUAGCGUUUUGAGAUUCAUUUACUUUACAAUAAGCUAAAAUUCCACCUGUUUCCAGUUAUUCUUGUAUUGAAAGAGUUUGGCAGAAAAGAGUCGACAGAGGAGAAGAUAGAGAUCAGAAACUGGUGUACUGACAUUUGAUACAACUAAUGAAUGUUUUCAUGACCGUUAACAAUCUGCUGAUUAUUUUUUCCAUUAAUUUAUUCAUCAUUUUGUCUGUUUGUUUAAAAUGGCAGAAAAUAGAGAAAAAUGUCCUUUUAAAACGUCCACAGCCCGAUGUAGUCAAAAAGAUUUGGACCAACAGUCUAAAACCCAAAAAUAUUCAGUUCAUCAUCAUGUAAAUCCUCAUCAGUGAAGCUGGAACCAGACAACUCUUUCAACAACUCAAUUUCUGUUUAAAAAUUACUAAAAUGAACAUUUAUUGAUUCAUUUUUCAUUGAUAAAUGCAUCUAUGACCAAUCAUGGUCGAGGGGCAAGCAUCCGAAUUGUAAUACCACCACCAAAACUAACGACGUAGCCUUGUUGCAGCUGUCUCCUCUUUUGUCCUUUCACAGGAAGUUUAAUUGGUUUUGUUUAAGUAUUACCAGAAGUUGUGUGGUUCUAAUUUUGAUUGGACUAUUUUCUGCAUUAAUUGAUUACUCAUUUUGUGUUUAAAAUGGCAUAAAAUAGAGAAAUAUGUCAUUUAUAACUUCACAAGGCCCGAUGUACUCAAAGAUUUGGACCAACCAAGAACUUUAAACUUGUUGGUAUCGACCAUCUUCAACAUCAUGAAAUUAAAUAAAUAACAUUUAUGAAACCUGGA